GCGGACAAACUCGUGGGCGGAAGGGUGGGGGGCGACAGGAGGCGUGACUCGAGAUAGAGUUAUCAAAUCACGGCUGAUCGCAGGGGACAUUUGUCAGGGGAGCGCGAACAAACCUCAAACGGUAGCCUUGCUUGGCGCAGGGCCCCCCCUCGUCAUCGUUCCAGCCACUCGUCUCCCGUCAGGAUCUCCGAUGGCAAGCGCGAUGGAGACGUACGAGAGCGUUCUCCUGGUCAAGUCCGAGGUGUUCGUCUUCAAAAUCCCGCCAAGGUCGACCAACAGGGGUUAUCGAGCAGCCGACUGGAACCUGCAGGAGCCCUCCUGGACCGGUCGCAUGCGGCUGGUGUCGCAGGGCGACAGCAUCACGAUAAAGCUGGAGGACAAGAUCACGGGCGAGCUGUUCGCCAAGUGCCCCAUCGAGCAGUACCCUGGAAUAGCGGUGGAACCGGUCACCGACUCGUCCCGCUACUUUGUCCUGAGGAUCCAAGACGACAACGGACGCUCGGCGUUCAUAGGUGUCGGCUUCUUAGACAGGUCUGACAGUUUUGAUCUCAAUGUCGCGCUACAGGAUCACUUCAAGUGGCUGAAGAACCGAGAGCAGAUCGAGAAGGAAAAAGAGAAGCCAAAGCAGGAGUUGGAUCUCAGAUUUAAGGAGGGCGAGACUAUCAAGAUUAACAUGAAGAUCACCAAAAAGGACGGCAGCGAGGUCGCGUCCAAGUCCAGACAACGUACCAACCCAGCCGUAGGUCUGCCGCCUCCCCCGGGUGGUGUCAAGAUUGCUCCACCACCGGCAAAGACUCCUACUUCCUCGCCGGCGCACAAGCCACCACAAAGUCAAAAUCAGGAUGUUACGAGUUCAGAGUGGGGCGAAUUUGCUAGUGCUUCUCAGUCAGCAGCGGCAUCGGCGUCGGCAUCGGCACCGGCACCCACAGUGGCCAAUGCUAGUUGGGUGCAAUUCUAACUUUUGAAAUAUAUGUAUAUAAUAUUAUACAUAGAUAUUCCCUUCAGUAUAUACACAUAGUGAUCUUCAAACGGAUGGUCAAGCUUUCGAAAUGUAUUCUACUCAUUCUGAGAAUCGUUAAAAAUGGAGUUUUUGAGUAAUGACUUGAAAUUGAUGCCAUUGAACUACUAAAAUUGCUGAAAACUUUCUUUUGACGUUAAUGAACAUCAUCUGAGUGUUCCAUUGUGUAAACAAAUUGAUAAUUUCUUUGUAUGUUGAUGAUUGAUACAAUGUUAACGUACAAUAUUAAAGUGGAUUUGAACUUUUACAGAUUCUAGAACUUUGUAACAAGGAGCAAGUAUUUGUAAAUCGCAAAGAAAAUCUCCAUGUCUAUGCUAGUAUUCUUCUCAGAAUGGAUAGAAUAUCUAAAGUUUGGCUAUUUGUGUUGAAAUCAUUCUUGUAUAUUAAAGUAAAUGAAAUAAUUGGUUAUAUACACACACACAUAUGACAUGAUAGACGUAUUAAGCUAGAGAUUUUAAGGUAACUAUUGGAAGCAUGUCUUUAUGAAUAAUGGAAAGAGAGUCUGAUGUAUAGUCUCCAAUACUAUAUAGCGUGCGAUGAAAAUUAUAGCAACAUUCGUGAGAGGGAUGAUAUUUCGCCAGUGAAAAAGGAUAUCUGAAAUAGGAAAAUUUUUAUACCAAACUUAUGAAGUGGAAGAAUAAUUGAAAUGAAUCCAAGAUUAUACCGUUGAUUAAAAAUUAAAUUCGUGCAUUAAAAGAUGCAGUAUUAUUAUCUAAAUGAAAUAACUAGUAAUAAUUCAGUUUUUAUGUUUUAAGAAUAUAAUAGAUAGUCUACAGAAAAUUUUAAAUCAAGCUACGUUUUGAAUAUAUUAAAUGUUUUAAAAAUACGGAAACGCGGAGGAAAACAUAAAAUCUGUGCAGCUGUAAAAAUGUGUUUUAAUCCGACAUAUGUAAUUGUAUAUCUUCGUUCUUUCUCGCAGACUUCUCUAUACUACUGGACUGCUACCUUCGAAUUGAAAAGUGAGGCAAGAGUUCUGCCGUGUCUUGUUAGGUAAAUAAAGUAGUAUGUGUGCAUCGGUGUGUCGCUGACAGACUGGCAGCUCGAAGGUUUUUUUUUUUUAGUUUUUCCCUCUACGGGAACGCCGUGGACUACGCUGUCAUUUGGCGUACUCUGUGUGGAUUACACUUUCAUACUAUCUUCCUAAUUCGUCGUAAGAAUCCAAAAAAUACUGCAUACUUUUUCCAAUCUUCUCUCCUUAUGAUUGAUUCCACUGGUUCCUCUUCACCGUUGUCCAUCUCUUCCUCUUUCGCCUUCCAUAAUGCCUGGCGCAUGCCCAGACCACAGCUCGAAGGUAGCAGUCUAGUAGCAUAUAGAGGUCUGGUUUCUCUCCCAAGAGAACAAUUUAUAUAAAAAAUGUUUACUCUGCAGAUUGAUUUAAAUUUAUUUUUUGUCCUUCGAUAAACUGCCCUCUUCUCGCGAUUGUUGCACGAUUCUCCAGCACUCUAUAUAAUAGUAUUGUACUUAUAAAUACCAUUCAAAAACUCAUCUUAAUCGCUUUUGGACAUUCAGUGUACUUGGAGAUAACAUAACAUAAUUUUUUGUAUGUGUAAAUGUCGAUAUAUAUCAGAUGCAUUUAGUGCCUUGUACAAACUAGUCCAACAAAUUAGAAGCAAAUUCGAGGCAGAUCGCAAUAGCUAAUAAUAUGUGUUUAGUACUUACAGAGGCACAGUAUUCAUUCAAUUCAUGUUUUCUUUUCAACUUUUUCAAACAUAAAAUAUUGUACUGAUUUCAAUUUGGUUAUAUAUAAAAAGACAUUAUUCUUAUGUAAUAUUUAGUUAGCUAUUUCUCUUGAUUUACUCAAACACAUUAAGAAUGAAUGCAUUUUUGUGAAUUUUUCAAUUUUCGUUAAAUGUUUCGGUAUUCAUAUAAUUCGUUGCAUGAGUCGAACACUGUAUGGUUGCAAAGUACCGGUGAGUCGAAUGCUGUCCUUUUAUUAGAUAAUAUCGUUUAAUAUAUAUUUUAUGUAUUCAUUAUUAUAUUAAUACUAUUAAGAAGCAAAUAUUAAACCCUAAAGAAGCAUCGAGCUUUCUAACAGAAGGACUUCUGUUAUUUUUUUUAAUGAAACAAUUUUUCUACAAAUUGUGGUUUCUAUUUCGGAAUUUUGCAAGUUAUUAACGUACCCACUAAUUUGCAAAAAUUGACCAAUUAGAUAUACAAAGCAAAUAAUUUUCCUUCAAUUCAAAUCGACAUUUCUAUAUAUAUCAUAAAUUUAUAGCAAAAGUUUAAUAGUGUGCAAUUAAUUUUUCCAAUAUUGUUUUUCCAGUAGUUUCUAUUGCACAGAUAUGUUUUUGUUCAUUAUUCACGUAAGUGUACAACAUAUUACAUAUCCAAUGUAUAACGGUAUAGUGUUUGGCCUCGACCGUUAGCUUGCAACAUUUGUAAAUAUUACAAGGCCUAUUGUAAAGAUAAGGCCUAAUUCCCUCGUACACUGAGUGUCCAUAAAGUUAUUUAUUCAAAUUUAACACACCUGAGUCAAGCUAAGUUUUCCAUUGAAGAAAUAGCAGCAAUGUUGUCAUAGUUUACUUUAAAUACAUUAUUCUCUACUUCUUUGCUUUUCGUGCAUAUGUUAAUUGAUAAAUUCAUGCCGAGAAUAAACUUAAUCAAGCGAAGGAUAUUCGACGAUGUUACGAAAUAAAUAUUUUUAAAUUUU